AUGCACCAACACGAGGUUAAGGAUGAAAUUCAAGAGAGCCCAACAGAUUUGAAACUUCAGAACAUGUCAAAUCGUAAUCCUAAAUGUACGCGGUGUAGAAAUCAUGGUAUUUUGUCGGAUCUUCGCGGACAUAAACAUCAGUGUCGCUUCAAAGACUGUUCGUGUAUGAACUGCCGAACUGUUGCUGAACGACAGCGUCUAACGGCCGCCAGGAUUGCGCUUUUUCGUCAGCAGAAGGUGAACGAGGCAGAUAUGAUCGUUAAUUCGCCGGAAUUAGAACAAAUGGAUGCGGGUCUAUUGAAUGAAUGGAUGAACGGUGAACGCGAACAUCGAGAUGGAUUGUUAAAACGUAAACACAGCGGCGGACGAGAUGCCAGUAGUAGCAACAGCCCAGAAAGUUCUGACAGUGAUUACGGCAGUGGUAUGGCCUCAGCCUCUAAGAGACCUCAUGUGGAGUCCACCUUGACACUUCCUACGGUUAUUCCAUCCCCAACGGAUAUCCUAACAAAGGCGUUUCCCGGUCUAUCAUCCACGGUACUUGAGCACGUGUUGAAAGGCUGUAAUGGCAACGUUCUUCAAGCCAUCGAAGUAAUCGUGCAGUACAACGCGACCAAACCACAGACAAAAGGUUUUCUUGGUCAGUCGAAUAUACCAGAGCCUCAACCUCCAAACCAAGUCAACCCGCAAGCUCCACCACCACUUUCUUCCCAGGCCCCUCGCGUUACCCAUCCGUCAUCAGGUUCCGUUCCACCGCUGUUCAAAUUUAACUACGUAAAUGGACAAUAUCGUUAUCUAAUGCCGCCAUCUUUGAUACCUCUUACGUCAUAUAUGUUCCCUUCCGCCAACGGCGUCAGACUUCCGUUUCCACAGUUUCCGGUCGACGUCCGGAAUCAACAAUUCAACCCGGUUGAAGGCGCACUGGAAGCGGAAGAAAGUGCGAAUAGCAACACCAACCCAAUCAGCACUUACACUUCCGGUGUAUGCAAAGGUUGUGGUCAAGAGACAAGUUACGAUGACAAUUUAUGCGCAAAUUGCUCGGUUUCUUUCAAUCGAAAGUAA